AUGGCACAUUCAAAGUCUAGGACGAAUGACGGGAAGAUCACGUAUCCUCCAGGAGUGAAGGAGAUCUCGGAUAAAAUAUCUAAAGAGGAGAUGGUGAGGCGCCUGAAGAUGGUUGUGAAAACAUUCAUGGACAUGGACCAGGACUCUGAAGAAGAGAAGGAGCUGUAUCUCAACCUAGCCUUACAUCUGGCUUCAGACUUUUUCCUCAAGCACCCAGAUAAAGAUGUCCGUUUGCUUGUAGCCUGCUGCCUCGCAGACAUUUUCAGGAUUUAUGCUCCUGAAGCGCCUUACACGUCUCCUGAUAAACUAAAGGAUAUAUUUAUGUUCAUCACCAGGCAGUUGAAGGGGCUGGAGGACACGAAGAGCCCACAGUUCAAUCGGUAUUUUUAUUUACUUGAGAACAUUGCUUGGGUCAAGUCAUAUAACAUAUGCUUCGAGUUAGAAGACAGCAAUGAAAUCUUUACCCAACUCUACCGCACGUUAUUUUCAGUUAUAAACAAUGGCCACAACCAGAAGGUGCACAUGCACAUGGUGGACCUCAUGAGCUCCAUCAUCUGCGAGGGGGACACUGUGUCCCAGGAGCUGCUCGACACGGUGCUGGUCAACCUGGUCCCUGCCCACAAGAAUUUAAACAAGCAAGCAUAUGAUUUGGCAAAGGCUCUGCUCAAGAGGACUGCGCAAGCCAUUGAACCAUACAUCACCAAUUUUUUCAACCAGGUGCUGAUGCUGGGGAAGACGUCCAUCAGUGACCUGUCGGAGCAUGUCUUCGACUUGAUCCUGGAGCUCUACAAUAUUGACAGUCACUUGCUGCUGUCUGUUUUACCCCAGUUGGAGUUCAAGUUAAAGAGCAAUGAUAACGAGGAACGCCUGCAGGUGGUGAGGUUGCUGGCAAAGAUGUUCGGGGCCAAGGACUCCGAGCUGGCUUCUCAGAACAAACCGCUCUGGCAGUGCUACCUGGGCAGGUUUAAUGACAUCCAUGUCCCAAUCCGCCUGGAGUGUGUGAAGUUUGCCAGCCACAGCCUCAUGAACCAUCCCGACUUGGCAAAGGACCUCACAGAGUACCUUAAGGUGCGCUCCCAUGACCCUGAGGAAGCCAUCCGCCAUGAUGUGAUCGUGUCGAUAGUCACAGCGGCCAAGAAGGACAUCCUGCUGGUCAAUGACCACUUGCUGAAUUUUGUGAGGGAGAGAACGUUGGACAAGCGGUGGAGGGUCCGCAAAGAGGCUAUGAUGGGACUUGCCCAGAUUUACAAGAAGUAUGCUUUGCAGUCAGCAGCUGGGAAGGAUGCAGCCAAGCAGAUCUCCUGGGUCAAGGACAAGCUGCUGCAUAUCUAUUACCAGAACAGUAUUGACGACAGGUUGCUCGUGGAACGCAUCUUUGCUCAGUACAUGGUUCCCCACAACCUGGAGACGACAGAGCGCAUGAAAUGCUUGUAUUACCUGUACGCCACUCUGGACGUAAAUGCUGUCAAAGCAUUAAAUGAAAUGUGGAAGUGUCAAAAUCUGCUCCGACAUCAAGUAAAGGAUUUGCUGGAUUUAAUUAAGCAACCUAAAACAGAUGCCAGCGUCAAGGCCAUAUUUUCAAAGGUGAUGGUUAUCACAAGAAAUUUACCAGAUCCUGGUAAGGCACAGGAUUUCAUGAAGAAGUUCACCCAGGUCCUAGAAGAUGAUGAGAAAAUUAGAAAACAGUUAGAAGUCCUUGUUAGUCCCACGUGCUCGUGCAAGCAGGCUGAAGGCUGUGUGCGUGAAAUCACCAAGAAGUUGGGCAACCCCAAGCAGCCUACGAACCCUUUCCUGGAAAUGAUCAAGUUCCUCCUGGAGAGGAUCGCGCCUGUGCACAUAGACGCGGAGUCUAUCAGCGCUCUUAUUAAGCAAGUGAACAAAUCCAUCGACGGAACAGCGGACGAUGAGGAUGAAGGCGUGCCGACCGACCAGGCCAUCAGAGCAGGCCUCGAGCUGCUGAAGGUCCUGUCCUUCACUCACCCCAUCUCGUUCCAUUCUGCGGAAACCUUCGAGUCUCUGCUGGCUUGUCUGAAGAUGGACGAUGAGAAAGUCGCAGAAGCUGCCCUGCAGAUCUUCAAAAACACGGGAAGCAGAAUUGAAGAGGAUUUUCCGCACAUCCGAUCAGCCCUGCUACCUGUUCUGCACCAGAAAUCGAAAAAGGGCCCCCCGCGGCAGGCCAAGUACGCCGUCCACUGCAUCCACGCCAUCUUCUCCAGCAAGGAGACCCAGUUCGCGCAGAUAUUUGAGCCGCUGCACAAGAGCCUGGACCCAAGCAACCUGGAGCACCUCAUCACGCCGCUAGUGACCAUCGGCCACAUCGCCCUGCUGGCACCCGACCAGUUUGCUGCCCCCCUCAAGUCCCUCGUGGCAACCUUCAUUGUCAAGGACCUUCUCAUGAGCGACCGGCUUCCAGGUAAAAAGACGACUAAACUUUGGGUUCCUGAUGAAGAAGUUUCCCCUGAGACAAUGGUCAAAAUCCAGGCUAUCAAGAUGAUGGUCCGGUGGCUGCUUGGGAUGAAGAACAACCACAGCAAAUCGGGCACGUCCACGCUCAGGUUGCUGACCACAAUCCUGCACAGUGACGGGGACCUGACGGAGCAGGGCAAGAUCAGUAAGCCAGACAUGUCCCGGCUGAGGCUGGCUGCUGGCAGCGCCAUCGUGAAGUUGGCCCAGGAGCCCUGUUACCACGAGAUCAUCACACUGGAGCAGUACCAGCUCUGCGCGCUGGCCAUCAACGACGAAUGCUACCAAGUCCGACAAGUGUUUGCCCAGAAGCUUCACAAAGGCCUGUCCCGCUUGCGGCUGCCGCUGGAGUACAUGGCCAUCUGUGCGCUGUGUGCCAAGGACCCUGUGAAGGAGCGGAGGGCCCAUGCCAGGCAGUGUCUGGUGAAAAACAUCAACGUCAGGCGGGAGUACCUGAAGCAGCACGCGGCCGUCAGUGAGAAAUUGUUGUCUCUCCUCCCAGAGUACGUUGUUCCGUAUACAAUUCACCUUUUGGCCCACGACCCAGAUUACGUCAAAGUCCAGGAUAUUGAGCAGCUGAAAGACGUUAAAGAAUGUCUUUGGUUUGUUCUGGAAAUACUCAUGGCUAAAAAUGAAAACAACAGUCAUGCGUUUAUCAGAAAGAUGGUAGAGAAUAUUAAGCAAACAAAAGAUGCCCAAGGACCAGACGAUGUGAAAAUGAACGAGAAACUAUACACCGUGUGCGAUGUGGCCAUGAACAUCAUCAUGUCCAAGAGCACCACCUACAGCCUCGAAUCCCCCAAAGACCCAGUCCUGCCGGCUCGCUUCUUCACCCAGCCCGACAAGAACUUCAGUAACACCAAAAAUUACCUGCCUCCAGAAAUGAAAUCGUUUUUCACUCCUGGAAAACCUAAAACCACCAAUGUGCUUGGAGCCGUGAACAAGCCGCUGUCCUCGGCAGGCAAGCAGUCUCAGAACAAGUCCUCCCGCAUGGAGACCGUGAGCAACGCCAGCAGCAGCUCAAACCCAAGCUCCCCGGGCAGGAUCAAGGGCCGGCUUGACAGUUCUGAGAUGGAUCACAGUGAGAAUGAAGAUUACACCAUGUCCUCACCACUGCCUGGGAAGAAGAGUGACAAGAGAGAGGACGCUGACCUUGGAAGGUCGGAGCUGGACAAGCCGAGGAGCCGGAAGAAAGGCCCGCUGGUGGAGCCGGAGGAGAAGCUGGGCAUGGACGACCUGAGCAAGCUGGUCCAGGAGCAGAAGCCCAAGGGCGGCCAGCGGGGCCGCAAGCGGGGCCUGCCCGUGUCCGAGGCCGACGAGGUGCAGUGGUCCGAGGAGAAGAGGCUCAAGGAGGACCUUCUGCAGAGCGAGGACGAACAGAACAGCCCACCCAAGAAGGGGAAGCGGGGCCGGCCCCCCAAACCUCUUGGCGGGGGCCUCCCCAAAGAGGAGCCCACAAUAAAGACGUCCAAAAAAGGAAGCAAAAAGAAGUCGGGGCCUCCAGCCCCCGAGGACGACGACGAUGACGACCGGCCGAGCGGAAACCCCGAGCCCAAGGCCAAGAGCAAGCAGCAUCGGCCACCGAGGCGGGCACAGCCCAGGGCCGAUUCUCCUGAAACCAGUGCUGUCGAAUCCACGCACACCACACCGCAGAAAGGACGGGGAAGACCGUCAAAAACUCCGUCUCCAUCGCAGCUCCCCAAAAACAUCCGUGUGGGCCGCACCAAACAGGCCGCAGCAAAAGAGAACGACUCAAGUGAGGAGCUAGAUGUGUUUGCAGGCAGCUCUCCUGUCAACGACGACAUCACCCAGGAGGAGACCGAGGAAGAGGAGAUUUCCACAGUCAACGUCCGGCGGAGAAGCUCCAAGAGAGAGAGGCGAUGA